CUCCGUGAGGGCGCCGACUCCCACCGCCAUUCCCGUAUCGCUCUUCCUUCGCUGCCGCGGCCAGGAAGAUAUUUAUCUUCCCGUCCAGUCCGGCAAAAAUAUCUCACCCUGCCCCGCCCCACGCUUAUAUCUUGCCUGGGGCCUCCCGAUGGGAUCCGAGCCGUGCCCUCUAUCAUCAUCUAAUCCCCGCCUUCUCUGAGGCGGUUACUCGUCCCACCUUCUUCCUUAUAAAUUUUAUUUCCUCCCCUCCCCACGCCCCAACCUUCCUCCUGGGCCGACCAAAUCUCGCUCUCUCUCUCUCUCUCUCUCUCUCUCUCUGUUGAAUCUCCAAACCUUCUUGGGAGGAUCGGGUUUUCCCCUUUCUUCUUCCUCCUCCUCCUCCUCCUCGUCGUCUCCCUUCAUGGAAUUUGGAGCACCCUCUGCUUCCAAACCCCGCGCUUCUUCGCCUCUGGAGCCCAAGAUCGAGCCAUUCGGGGAAAUCUUGGACUUAUCCCCCCAGCCUCCGCCACCGGUUGCGGAAAAGCUUUUAUCCUCCUCGUCGUCAUCGUCCGGGGUUGCUGCGCCUCGGCCCCUGGAGGCUCUCCAGAGCGCGCCGAUCCCGCCCUUCCUCUCCAAGACCUAUGAGCUUGUGGACGAUCCCUCCCUGGAUCCGCUCAUCUCGUGGGGUUCCACUGGGAGGAGCUUCGUGGUGUGGGAUCCCGUCGAGUUUGCGAGGGCCGUUCUGCCCCGGAACUUCAAGCACAACAACUUCUCCAGUUUUGUCCGCCAGCUCAAUACUUAUGUGGGUAUUGCGCAAAAACUUUGCCGGAGACGGCUCUCGUUGUUUGUAUGUAAUUUUUUCUUUCUUUAUUUUAUUUAUUUUUUAUCUUGUUCUUUCAGUCUAUAUUCUUAUAUUCGUCCUUUGUUGUAACGAGCAUUGGAUUUUAAUCAAAUGAUUGCCCCGAUAGAUUGAUUACUGCUGAGGACUGUAUUGUGUAGGAUCGCAGCCUUUAAUCUCAUUGAUGCUGCACGUAUUUCAUGCUGUAUUCUUCCUUGAUGUAUACUCUCGAAUCUGAAUAUGUAAAUAUAUGGAUAUCUACUUUUGAGACGAAUCGUAUGUUGUCCGGCUCAUCAACCACUGCUUUGUAAUCUCCAUUGGAAGUUCCUCUGUAUGUCGUGUCUGUUUUUGUAAAUUGUACAUGGAACCUGUAACCACUAGAUGAAAAUCGCCAAGACUAGGCAGAAUCUGCGUCCGUCGCUUCUACAAGAUUAGUUUGUUGAUUACACAAGUGCUUUCGGAUUGGAGAUGACCUCUUGGAGAAAAGCUCACGUUCACGGGGUUUCCGCAAGAUUGAUGCUGAUCGAUGGGAGUUUGCCAAUGAAGAUUUUGUAAGAGGAAAUAAGCCUUUGUUAAAAAAUAUAAACAGGCGAAGGUCAUCGCAAGUUCAGGAAGUAGGUUCUCAAGUAGGCUUUUCAGCUGAAAAUGCGAAGCCUGAAUUGGAAGGUGAAUUCCACAUGUUGAGAAAGGAAAAGAGCGCAUUGAUGCACGAGGUCAUUAAACUGCAACAGGAGCAUCUCAUGACAGCCCAACAGAUGGAUGCACUGAACCAGCGGAUGCAAUCAGCCGAACAGAGGCAGAAGCUGAUGGUAUCUUUCUUGGCAAAGGCACUCCAGAACCCAAAUUUGUUGGCCCAUCUUAAGCAGCUGAAGGAACGAAGGGAGAUUCCUACAAUAAGAAGAAAGUUCCUUAAGCAACAACAAAGCAGCCAAAGCGAUGUAGAUAAAGCCAUGGAUCAGCAGACUGGAAAGAAGAGACUAGAAUUUAAUGGUGCCACUCCUCCUGGACUGCAAGGCAUUGAAUGUAUUGUAAGCAAGCAACUACCAGAUAACCUUUUGCAAGAUAUGGUUGAAAAACUUGGUCUUGAUACGAGCAGUGGAGAACUUCUCAGAGGCUCGGUUGAAACUGGACUAGAGGUGCUGGACACAUCGUUUCUGGACCCUGAUUCUGUUGCCGUCAAGGUGGAGCUUCUAGAGAGCUCUCAGACAGAUAUGGGCUUCAGUGGUACUGAGUUCUUGGCAUCUUUUCCUGAAGAUGUAACCCCAGAGAGGAUGUUUUCGGAUGCUAUAAUCCCUGCAACUGAAUUUGCAAGGCCAGACCCCAGAACUGUUGGCUUCGAGGGAAAGAUUGUCAUGGACAAAACAGAAGUUACCUCUGCUGGUAGCAUGUGCCUCGCAGAAGAUACUUCUCAGGAAACAAUGUUUUCAGAUGCUAUAGCAUCUGCCAGCAAAACUAGCAGCAGACAGGAGGAAAUAUGGAGCAUUGGUCUAGAGGCAGGAGAAAGCUCAUGGAGUUCUUGCCACAAUGUUUGGGAUAGCCUUGCUCAAGAUGCGAUAGAGCUAGAAGUUGCCGCUGAACCUGGUGCUCUAUGGGAUAUUGAUUUGCAAACACUGGACGAAGAUUUGGAGUUUGACAGGUUCUUGGGCAGUGACUUCUCUCACAAGGAACGUGAAAGUAGUCAAGCUGGACCAGCUAACAAAGAUCACAAAGAAAAGAUGGAACCAUAGGAUUCAUGUGCAUCGACCAUUAGCACCCUUUUGGGUGCAUAUAAUAUUGCCAUUUGAAGAAAUCGUAUAAAGAUUUGAACGAUCAAUACGAUAUUCACUGAUUUUAGUUGUCA